CUUCAUCCAUUCUUUCACCCCUAUUUUCCUCUUCCUCCCACCCUUGCUCCCCAAACCCUAAAUCUCUAAACUCAAUUUCUGAAUCGAUAGGUUGAUCGAUUAAUUACGAUUAAUGGAACGAUCCUCAGAUUCUGCUUGAGCGUUUUUUAAUCGGAAGACGCGAAGAUGGUUCUCGCACAGCUCGGAGGGAGCAUCUCGCGUGCUCUCCAGCAGAUGAGCAAUGCGACGGUGAUCGACGAGAAGGUUCUGAACGAGUGCCUCAACGAGAUCACGCGAGCUCUUCUCCAGGCCGAUGUUCAAUUCAAGCUGGUGCGCGACAUGCAGACCAACAUCAAGAAGAUUGUCAACCUCGAAGAUCUCGCCGCUGGUCACAACAAGCGCAAAAUCAUCCAACAAGCUGUGUUUAACGAACUAUGUAAAAUGCUGGAUGCUGGGAAGCCUUCUUUCACUCCAAAAAAGGGGAAGCCAAGUGUCGUCAUGUUUGUUGGUUUACAAGGAUCUGGAAAAACCACAACUUGUACAAAGUAUGCGUAUUAUCAUCAGAAGAAGGGCUGGAAGCCAGCACUCGUAUGUGCAGAUACAUUCAGAGCUGGUGCAUUUGAUCAAUUGAAGCAAAAUGCCACUAAAGCUAAGAUCCCUUUCUAUGGAAGUUACAUGGAGUCAGAUCCUGUGAAAAUUGCUGUGGAUGGUGUAGAAAGAUUCAAAAAAGAAAACUGUGAUCUCAUAAUCGUUGAUACCAGUGGACGGCACAAACAAGAAGCUGCUCUUUUUGAAGAAAUGCGUCAAGUUUCAGAAGCAACGAAACCAGAUCUUGUCAUAUUUGUUAUGGAUAGCAGUAUUGGUCAGGCUGCUUUUGAUCAGGCUCAAGCGUUUAAGCAGAGUGUUGCAGUUGGAGCUGUAAUUGUUACUAAAAUGGAUGGCCAUGCAAAGGGUGGUGGUGCUCUUAGUGCUGUUGCGGCAACAAAGAGUCCUGUCAUAUUCAUUGGAACGGGAGAACACAUGGAUGAGUUUGAAGUUUUUGAUGUUAAACCUUUUGUAAGCCGACUGUUAGGCAUGGGUGAUUGGUCUGGGUUUAUGGACAAAAUUCAUGAAGUCGUUCCUAUGGAUCAACAGCCAGAACUUCUUCAAAAGCUGUCCGAAGGAAACUUCACCUUGAGGAUUAUGUAUGAGCAGUUUCAAAACAUACUUAAAAUGGGCCCUAUCAGCCAGGUGUUUUCCAUGCUUCCAGGAUUUAGCGCUGAAUUAAUGCCAAAAGGCCGUGAGAAAGAAAGCCAGGCAAAAAUUAAGCGGUACAUGACAAUGAUGGACUCAAUGACAAAUGAAGAGUUGGACAGUUCAAACCCAAAGAUCAUGAAUGAAUCUCGGAUAAUGCGAAUUGCUCGGGGCUCUGGUCGUCAAGUAAGGGAAGUAAUGGAGAUGUUGGAAGAAUACAAGCGUCUUGCGAAAAUCUGGAGCAAAAUGAAAGGGCUUAAAUUCCCAAAGAAGGGUGACAUGAGUGCCCUAUCUCGAAAUAUGAAUGCCCAACAAAUGGGCAAAGUCCUCCCUCCUCAGAUGCUGCAGCAAAUAGGUGGCAUGGGCGGGCUACAGAGCUUGAUGAAGCAGAUGGGAUCUGCAAAAGACAUGAUGGGAAUGUUUGGUGGUGGCAAUUAGUUUAAUGAACCUGGCCUUAUGAUCUGAGGAUCGUUUCUGACCAUAACUAACGAUGCAUUAGAACUGGACUCGGUCCGGUUAUGCACCUCACGUUGAUUUUGGUUAGUUGUGCUGUCAUUUUACGCAGAAGCCCCAAUGGGCGCGCGAGUUCAUAUUUGUAACAUCAAAAAUCACUUGUCCUUUCUGUGUAUAUUUAUUUAGUUUUCAGAUAGCAGCUAAAGCCAUACAUUUAUGAAUAAUCA